AUGGAAGCGUCUGAUGAGCGUACUCAGAUCAAGAGGCGGCUUCAGGGGCGGACGACCUCUUUGUCACGGGCGAAAGAACGAGCAACGUUUGAGCGAAAGCGCUCCGGUCCGGGGAACGUUCAGCGCGAUUCUGCAGUGAGGGGAGAAAGAUAUUCGAACUAUUCCGACUUUAUACGAGGGCUGCACAAAAUGCUUAACCUCGAAGAGUCUGAUAACCACAUAGAAGAACGCACGCUGCGUUUGUUUUGGAGACGCACGGAAGGCGUGUUCGCCAGUGUCAGGGAUAUUGUGGUAAAGGUGCUUCAAAAUCGCUCUCAGCCGCCGAUCAACGAGACCGUUCUGCGGUUUGUGCUUUUUCCUGAUCUUCCGCGAGACGUUGUCUGCAAGAUUCCUUUAGAGAUAAUAGAAUACGUUGCCGCACUCGUGGAAACGAGUGGCUUUCGGUUUCUUCAGAACAUUCGAGUAGGUCACCUGACGGACGAACGCGUACAGUUAAGUAAACGCUUGGAGCACAUCCAAAAGAUUGCCUCACGCGAAAGCGUUACAAGCCACGGUGACCUGCAGAGCGAUGGGGUCCGCACAACGAGCGCGUCGUCUCCCCUGCAACCCGAAGAGAAGCCGCGUCUGUUUUUGCCCCUCGUCUCGGAGGACGUACGCGACAAGUUACCUGUGUUUGUGAAAGAUUUCAUCGUGAAGAAUUUGCCUCGCCGUAUGAGUAUCGCAUUCGAUGAUACGAUUGCACUCUGGCUACUGAACAUCGAAGCCCCAGAACAAAUGUGUUUGCUGUUGCAGCGGGUUCUUGAUUACCUCGAGCGGAACGAGGACAAGAUCCCGAAGCGUUGCGGCAUGACCGAGAGGAUUUUAUACGCGCUCGAGGCCACAUCUGAGGAGACCAUUGAAAACAUACUAUCACAGCCUGGAGACGCAUUUUACCCUACCGCGCGUCUCCAGUGGUUUCGGCCACGGCCUGUCACCGAUGAGGAGUGGAUCCAGUGGUGCGAAAUCCUUGACCGCGACUGCGACACUUGGCUUCGAGCGUUAUGUCAAGAAUUAGAUCCAGCGAAUGAAGUGACCGAGGAUGAGCUUCGGGAGUAUUUCGAGAGUUUGCAGCCACCGUUUCUAGCAGAAGCCCUGCGGAAUGAAUCGGAUCGAACCAUCGCACUGCAAGCUGGUAACAGCGUACCGGCCACUGCGGCAUUAGCUGGAGAAUCUUGGUCAUGCGUCUUGCACGAUGAUGAAAACCGCCCCAUAGAGGUCCUUGUACGGGCCCCAUUCUUGGAUGCCGGGCGGCUUGAUGAGGAGCGAGCCCGGUUUCCGCAAAUGUUGUUCGCUCAAGGUCGGGAACACGUCGACAGGGACUGGCUCAUUCGUAUUUUCGGCGCUGCAUCAGUGGUCUUUGUACUGAUGCCCACACGGGAUGCGGUGAAAGAGUCCAGAUCAAGGUUCGCUGAUCUGUUCGACGAGCUAACCUCAACAGAUUCAGCGCUGAAGGUGCCGAUUCCGCAACGAGCUCGUAUGCUUCUAAUUGUGCCCGCCAAUGAACGCGUACUGACUCUGCAUCCGGACCUACGCCGUUACGCCCCGGGGCCCCAAGUCCUUCUUGCUUCUCGGGUACGCAUUGAGACAUAG